GAGAGCAGAGACACAGGCACCUUCCAGUUCCUCCCCCACCCUUUACUUUUUCCGGGUGCCUGUGAGUCGGUUGUGGGAGGGCGGCUUUCACCCAGGCUGAAAGUUCUGUGACCUGGGUCUGUCUACUGGAUGAACUCUGCUGGAAGAUGGAACAUAGCAGGUUUCUGUCUGGCCUGAUACUGGCUGCGUUUCUCUCCCGAGUGAGCCCCUAUGAGGUAGAAGUGGAGGAACUUGAGGACAAAGUGUUUGUGAGUUGCAAUACCAGCAUCAUAUGGCUACAAGGAACAGAAGGAGAACUACUUUCAGAUAAAAAAAUAGACCUGGGAAAACGCAUCCUGGAUCCAAGAGGAUUAUAUAAGUGCAAUGUGCCAAAAGAACAAGACAGCAACAGCAAAAUAUUUCUGCAAGUAUAUUAUCGAAUGUGCCAGAACUGCGUGGAGCUGGACUCAGCUACCCUGGCAGGCAUCAUUGUCACCGACAUCAUCGCCACUCUGCUCCUCGCUUUGGGAGUCUACUGCUUUGCUGGACACGAGAUGGGAAGGUUCUCUAGGGCUGCUGACACUCAAGAUUUGUUGAGGAAUGACCAGCUGUAUCAGCCCCUUCGAGAUCGGAAUGAUGGUCAGUACAGUCGUCUUGGUGAGAACUGGGCUCGGAACAAGUAAACCUGUGACUCGUGGCUUCUAGGUGCAUCUGUUACCGACUCAACUUCUCUCCUUGCUCAGCUGAGAAAGAUGUCCUCCUUCAGUCAGCAGGUGCCUGGAUUUUGAAGGAUGCUGGGUGAGGCAUGGGAGUGGUCCUGACUUGGCUGAGCCUUUGCCCUCCCUGCCCACCUGUGUCCUUCUUUCUUCGCUUCCCUUUCUCUGCCCCACAUGGAUGGUAUGAUGGGCAGUCUCUCACCAUAUCCUGUCCCACUGGUGUUUUUUGGCCUGGCGGACUCUCUGGGUGCAGGAUUGCUGCUCCCCACCCCCGCUGGCUCUAGUCCCCAAUACCAACCCUGCUGCCACUUUGACUUCCGCACCACAGCUGAGGGCGGGCAGGCUGCUGUGUUUAGAGACCUGGCCACACAGAAGUUUCCAUGACAUCAUGAGCGGAGGUGGCAGAGACAUCAAGGGCCCCAAGGAUCACUUCUUAUCAAGGCUCUGAGAGAGUGUAUGACAAGUCUCACUUCUGCUAAGGGGCUGGCCUUGGCUUUACGACUCUGUUAGAGUGGUAGCCACUACCUAUGAAGACGUCUCAGCCAAGGCCCCUUCAUUACCAUAGAAGGGUAUUUUCUUUCUAUUUUCUUUUUCCAGAACCUGUCUCUGUCCUGCCCCCGCCUUCUGCGUAAUAAACUGGCAUCAGAAACCUUUCAUCAAUUAAAAUAUAUUAUCCUUCUCCACCCACUUGGAAAA